AUGUCAGUGGUGGCAUCAUUAAAGGACUCCAUCUUCAUCCCGCUUUCUCUAUGGAUAAACCAAGUGGCUUUGGAAGAGACUGAGACAAAGUUUGAGACUUGGGUUCUGCAGAAGUGGACCUUGAGACUCAGGCUAGUGUUGAGAACUUCGUGUGUCAGGUUAGGGAUUUUGAUGCUGUUGCUGAUUUUUCUGCCAAGCAUUUAUUGUCACCAGGAAUCAGUAGAUUACCCUUUCUAUGAAAUAAUUAUUCCCAAGAGGCUGACAGUUCAGGAAAGAGAUAGACCAGAGAAAGAAGCAUCUUAUAUGCUGUUUCUGCACGGCGAGAAGCACCUGGUUCACCUGCAGGUGAAGAGAGACUAUUUUGUGAGUCACUUUCCAGUCUACAUUUACCACAAUGGCAUCCUGGGGCAAGAUGAUCCCUUGAUCUCACGUGACUGUCACUAUGAAGGCUACAUAGAAGGAGUGCCAGGUUCGUUUGUGUCUGUCAACACCUGUGCAGGCCUCAGGGGCAUCCUGAGUAAGGAGGGAACCUCCUAUGGCAUCGAGCCCAUGGACUCCUCCAAACAGUUCGAACAUGUGAUAUACACCACAGCACGUGAAGCGCGAGCCUCCUGUAGUGUCGCUUCCAGAGACAGCCGAGUGGUGUCCACCAGCUGGCAACAAGGGCGCAGGAAGCCUCAUAAUCGGCAGGCGCCGUCCUCCUUGUGGGCACACACCAAGUACGUGGAGAUGCUCGUGGUGGUCAACAACCAGCAGUUCCAGACGUGGGGCAGUACCGUCAACGGGACAGUCCAGAGAGUAGUGGACAUCAUUGCUCUGGCCAACAGCUUCACCAGGGGAAUCAACACAGAGGUGGUGUUGGCGGGAAUGGAGAUCUGGACCGAGCAGGACCUGAUAGAGGUCCCAGUGGACUUGCAAGUUACACUCAAGAAUUUCAACAGCUGGAGACAGAGAAGCUCUCCACGUGUGAAGCAUGAUGUUGCCCACUUGAUCGUUGGGCGUCAUCCUGGACAGAGUAUGGGCCAGGGGUUUCUCGGCGGUGCCUGCUCAAGCGGUUUUGCGGCAGCUGUCGAAUCCUUCCAUCAGGAAGAUGUCCUCCUAUCAGCAGCGCUCAUGGUCCAUGAGCUCGGGCACAACCUGGGGAUUCAGCACGACCACUCGGCCUGCUUCUGUAAAGAUAAGCCCUUUUGCCUCAUGCACGAAAAUUUCACUAAAGAGAGCGGCUUCAGCAACUGCAGCUCUCACUACUUCCACCGGUUCCUUCAGGAACACAAGGGGGCCUGCCUGUUUAACAAGCCAUGGCACAAAGGCCGCAAGCGAAGGGAUUCCCGCUGCGGAAACGGUGUGGUGGAGGACACGGAGCAGUGCGACUGUGGUUCUGCCUGUGACCUUGACCCUUGCUGUGAACCAACAUGUGAUCUGAAGGAGAAUGCUGAAUGUGGUAGUGGACUCUGCUGCCUGGACUGCAAGUUCAAAAUGAAGGGAUUUUUAUGCCGUCCUAUUGGAGAUGAGUGUGACCUCCCGGAAUAUUGUGAUGGCCGUUCUGCAGAAUGCCCUGCAGACACCUACAAGCAAGAUGGCACGUUGUGUGAGAGAAUUCACCAUUGCGCUAGAGGUCAGUGUAUGGACCCUGAUAAGCAAUGCAUGAAUAUAUAUGGGGACCGUGCAAGAUCUGCCCCAGAAGAGUGUUACGUGUCAAGGAACACCAAAGGGGACCGGUUUGGAAACUGUGGCCGUCCCACUGCAGCUCAGCAGGAAUAUGUUCCAUGUUCAGGUGAUAAUAUAUUUUGUGGGAAACUCAUCUGUACAGGUAUCCAAUACCUACCACCAAUCAAAUCCCAGCACACGUUGAUCCAGGUUGCUCAUGGUGAUGACUGGUGCUGGAGCAUGGAUGCCCAUGACGGUACUGAUGUCCCUGAUGCCGGAGACGUGCAGGCUGGCACCUCUUGUGCCCCAAACAAAGUCUGCAUGAAUCACUCCUGCACUCACCACUCUGUACUCCAGCACGACUGCCUGCCGGAGGACGUGUGUCACGCCAGAGGGGUUUGCAACAAUUUGAGGCACUGCCAUUGUGAGUUUGGUUUUGCCCCUCCUGACUGCAAAAAUCCAGGAAAUGGGGGUAGUGUGGACAGUGGUACACCUGAUAAUAUUGCUGAUAUAGAUCAAAGUCUUAGUGGCCCUGCCCUUUCUUUCAAGCCUAGGCAGGAGGAAAUAGAUGUUCAGGUGGUAGCCAUCACAAUUUCUAUCUGUCUUGGAUUACUGUUGAUCGGUCUACUUAUAUUAGCCUACCUCUGGUCUGAAGUUAAGGCAAUAGCAGUUGAAGAGUCAUCAGAAGAGUCAACAAGCUUGGAGUCAGAGUUAACCUCAGAGGAUUGGGUCCCAUCAGCACAAGCGGCUCCCCCGCCAGAAGAGGCUCCCCCGCCAGAAGAGGCUCCCCCGCCAGCAGAACCGGCACCGCCAGCAGAGCCGGCACCGCCAGCAGAGCCGGCACCACCAGCGGAGCCAGCACCACCAGCAGAGGCUCCUCCGCCAGAAGCAGCUCCUCCACCAGCAGAGGCUCCUCCCGCAGAGCCGGCACCGCCCCCGGAGGCUCCCCCGCCAGCAGAGGCUCCCCCGCCAGCGCCAGUGGAGGCUCCCCCGCCAGCAGAGCCGGCACCGCCCCCGGAGGCUCCCCCACCACCAGUGUAGGCCCCUCCACCAGAGGCCCAGAAGAGCCUGCACCAAAAUAGGAAGCAGGUGAAGACCAGGAAAAACCAAAGGCAGAAGUCCAAUGGAGGAUGA